GAGAAAACGAGACUGAAUCCUAUCAGUGUUCGUGGUAAAAUGGCAGAAGCCAGAGUUGCAAUGCAUGUAAAUGAGUUAAGUUGUGCAAUCUGUCUGGAUCUACUAAAGGAUCCAGUAACUAUUCCCUGUGGACACAGUUACUGUAUGAGCUGCAUUAAGAGCUGCUGGGAUCAGGAAGAUCAUGCUGGAGUUUACAGCUGCCCCCAGUGCAGACAGACCUUCAUACCCAGACCUGUUCUGGGCAGAAACACCAUGCUGGCUGAAGUGGUGGAGAAACUGAAGAAGACUGGACUACAAGCAGCUGCUCCUGCUGACCAGUAUGCUGGACCUGGAGAUGUGGAGUGUGACGUCUGUACUGGGAGAAAACACAAAGCUAUCAAGUCCUGCCUGGUGUGUCUGGCCUCCUACUGUGAAACUGACCUGCAGCUUCACAACAAACUCCACCAUGCAAAACAGCACAAGCUUAUUGAUGUCAUCGGCCAUCUGAAGGACAAGGUCUGUUCCCACCAUGACAAACCGCUGGAGGUCUACUGCCGUACCGACCAGCAGUGUAUCUGUUAUCUCUGUACGAUGGAUGAACACAGAGGCCAUGAUACAGUCUCAGCUGCUACAGGAAGGGCGGAGAUACAGAAACAAAUGGGUGAAACACAGAGGGAAUUUCAGCAGAGAAUUCAGAUGAGAGAGAAGGAGCUGCAGGAGCUGAGAGAGGCUGUGGGCUCAGUCACAAGCUCAGCACAAUCAGCAGUGGAGGACAGCGAGAGGAUCUUCACUGAGAUAAUCAGCUCCAUUGAGAGAAGAUGCUCUGAGGUGACAAAGCUGAUCAGAGAUCAGGAGAAGGCUGCAGUGAGUCAGGCUGAAGGAGACAUGGAGAGACUGAAGCAGGAGAUCGAUGAACUGAAGAGGAGACACUCUGAGCUGGAGCAGCUUUCACACACAGAGGAUCACAUCCAUUUCCUCCAGAGGCGCCAGGCUCUUCCUGUCACUCCUGAAGCUGGAUUUGGGCCCAGAAUCUCUGUCAGUCCCAGAUCUGAUUUUGGGAAUUUGAGGAAGGCGGUUUCUGAGCUGAAAGAUCAACUGGAGAAUUUUUGCAGAAUGAAAAUGGCAGAGAUCCAUCACGCAGUUACCAAAGACACCGUCCUACCGGUAUUAGUGCCCAGGACCAGAGCAGAAUUCUUACACUACUCCUGCCAGCUGACGCUGGACCCCAACACAGCAAACAGAGAAGUGUCUCUG